ACUAUUUCAAAUGUCAAAACAACAAAUUCGAAGGCUGAAUCCCAUAUUCAUCAAAAUAUUAUUUUACUGUUUAGUUAUUUAUAGCUAGUUUUAGCCUUAGAUAAAGGUUAUUUCUGUCAAAUCAAAUCUGAUAAAGGGAUCCCAUUUCGUAUCGACAAGUUUUUGAAAACAACAUAAUGUCUGAAACAACAGCAACGCCAGUUGAAGGAUGGUCAAAGGAGGAGAAAUUUAAUUUAUUGCGCGCUAUUAGAGAAUUUGGUUCUCAUGACAUUGAAAAGAUACAAGGUUUUAUGUUUAGCAAAAGUUGUGAUGAAAUUUCUGGAGCUAUAGAAUAUUACAGAUCCAAAGCUUUUCAAAAUCCUAACGUCAAGAGAAAGAGGGAGAAGCGGAAGUUAAAUACUUCUACUACACCCUUAGGCCGUUGGGCUUCGGCUCUAAUGGAUAACAAGGGUUAUGAUGAAUUAAGAACAGACAUAUCAACUGCUCUUAGGUUGGUGGCUGAGUUUGAAGAAAGGUCUCCAAAAACUUGCACAGAGCAAUAUAAUUUUGGAGCAGUAUACCAAGCAUUGGCAAAUGCUUUAGAUGGAAGAGUAUUGCCUGAUGACCAAAAAGUUAAUGCUUUGAUAGAGAAAUGUUUAAUUGAUACAGCCGUUUUUAGCAAAGCAUUUAAAAGGAACAGUUUGGUUAAAGAUGUGAUUAAUGACAUAAAUUUGUCUACUGAUUGGAUGGAUGAUAUAGUACUUCUAAAGGCAAGUGAUGACAGUGACCUUGCAAACAUAAGACAUAUAAUUGGUCACAAAGCAUAUAAUCCUUUGAAUAUAUCUAUAAAUCAUCUUCAGUGUGGGAAAUAAACACAAUUUCAUACAUUAUUUUAACCCAGUAAUUUUUUUUUUUAAAACAAAUUUUUGUUUUAAUUAUAAUAGGCCGUCUUACACAAAUAUACAAUUAAAUAUAAAUCAAGUAUUAUUAUUAAUAAACAAUCAAAACAUUUAUGAUGUGUUUAACCAUUCAAUAAACCUAUUAAAUAAUCUUAUUGCUACAUUCAUGACUCUUUCCCAGAAGCCAGGUUCUUGUGCUUUAACAGAUGGAGGGAAUUCUUCACUCAAAUCUUCUAUUUCCCUUCUAUGCCUGAUCCAAUUUUUAUCUUCAUAAGCAUCACCUACAAUUUUUUAUAAAAUAAAAAUAUUGAAUUUUAA